ACGCCAUUUGCAUUUAUCAAAAUGAGUACUGUUCUGUUUCUACAGCUGUUGGAUCAUGAUGAAGAACAGUGACGAGGGAUCCAUUCAAUCUGCUUAUUGCAGUUGCAAAGGAGGCAUUGAUGGAUGCUGUCGACAUGUUGUGGCAACCCUCUUCGAAGUCCUUGACUUUGUACAAGACUUCAAGAAGACCAGCUGUACUUCAGGGCCAUGUAUGUGGGUUCGGCGUGCUUCUCAGGCCGAUCAACUAGGCAAACCUAUUCCUGCCUCACAACUUGAGACUUCAGUUAUGGUGGAGCCCAGCACACAGACAGCAAUGCCACUGUAUUCGCCAUUGUCUGAUGAGUAUCCAGUGCCAGAUCCUAACGAUUUCCUUGAAAAAGUGAAAACUCUUCAACCAACAGCCUGCGGAUUACGUGCCAUGUAUGACUGCUCAUAUAAAAAGAAUUGUACUUCAUCACCUCUGAGCGUCAAAACACCAAUGGAAAGAGCUGAACAAUUUAUGAAGGAACAUAUAUGUGAAAAUUGAUCUUGUAACUGUUCUAAUAUAUUUAUGUAUUAUUAUCUUACUUAUUCAGAGAAUGAAUGUGAGCAAAUUGAACAAUUAACAAGAGGGCAAUCAAAAAAUAAUAACUGGCAUCGGAUGAGAAAAGGACUAUUAACUGCAUCCAAUUUUCAUAAAAUUACACAUUCAACUGAUUUAAAUCGAACAGCAAUUGCGUUACAAAAAAAUCAGUGUUUGCAGAAAACUCUAUUCCAGACUCCAUAUUAUUUGGACAGCGAUUUGAAAAUAAAGCUCGUGACAUUUUUAUAAAGACACAUAGGUUUAAAUAUAAACAUUGUUCUGUAAAAGUGCCUGGGCUAGUUGUUUCUAAUGAAGACCCAGUUUUAGCUUGUUCACCAGAUGGAAUAGUUGAUUGCAAAAUAUGUGGGAAAUUUUUGAUUGAAAUAAAGUGUAUGUAUAAAUAUAAGUGUUUUCACCCUAAAAAUGCCUUGAAACUUUCAAAUGUCUGUGUUGAAGAUGAAAACAAUAAUUUAACAUUGAGGCGUUCACAUACAUAUUUUGACCAAGUACAAGGACAAAUGGGAGUAACUGGCCUCACGAAAUGUGUGUUGGUUGGGUACACACACAAAGGCAUUUGUUCCAUAACAGUUGACUUUGACGAGUCAUUUUGGAAUAAUUCUAAAAAUAAAUUGUUUAAGUUUUACACUGAUGCAUACUUUCCACUUUUGAAAAACAUAUGCUGUACAAAUUGAAGGACUAAUGCCUUGUCUGUGUUCAUCUCAUGUAGACAGCAUAACAGUUUUAUUACAACUGUUAUUUAGAACAUAUGUUAAAAGAAUUGUUGCUCUUGUGAGAUUAAUUUAUAUCUUUAAGGUAUAUGGUGCACAAAUGGCAUUCCUGUAUUUUUCCAUCCAUUUGAUAUUGAUGCCUUGUUAUACCAUUAUUUUGGUAUAAUUUGAACACCAAGUAUAUUGCUUUCCUGAUAUUCAAACAUGAAAAUCAUGAAAGGCAAUAUAUCUACAAUAUUCAAUAAUAUGGUCCAAGGAAAACAAUCACAAUAUUGCAGUAUGCUGACCUGCUUUUUAUGACAGAUGUUACACACUGGCAAAAUUAUUGUUAAAUAUUGUUUUGUUCUAUAUUUCAAAUACAAUUGGAGCAAUCUUUAAAUGAACAAAAUUCAUAUUUGUAUUAAUGUGUUAUUGAAUAACAUAUUCAUAUUGAAACAUACAAGUCUCUCUGCAUGAGCUUUUGUACCAUAAUUGAUGUAUAAAUACCAUUAAACAUUGUUCGAUGUUUGCAUCUGUUGAAUAGUCCAUCUAUCUUCUGAUAUGAUA